AUGAAAUUAUUAUAUUCAUUUCUACCGGUUUUCGAAUUUAUUAUUAUAUUUACAUGCUCAAUCUUAUACUUUGGAAGUACGACUGUCCAAAAACAAGAGUUUAUUCAGAAAAUUACGCAUUCUACCGGAGUUUCCAAAUUAAUUCGAAGUGUUACAUCAAAAAAUGAUACAGUAACUAUUACAUUUUCAGAUGAUAUUGAUAGUUCAACUGUUUUGAAUUCUUGUUCUCUAAAAACCAAAUGGGAAUCAGAAAAUAUAAUUUAUCCACCGAAUAGUUACGAUGUAAUAUCAAAUUACAAUGGUGUCGUUCAAUUAAGGUUCUUUUUGCCGGUUGUUGAUAAAUACGAAGCAGAGUUAAUUUGUGAUUCAAAACAUUUUCCUGUAAACCUUUCAAUUACUGAUUUUUCCGAAACAGAAAUCUCUAAUAAUUCUCAGAUAAGAUGUCAUGGCAAGUAUUUUGGAACAAGAUGGUGCGAAGCAAGAAAUAUUUAUCAUGUUGACAGAACAUUUUUCUUUUAUUCACGUGCACACUUCAAAUUUCCAAAUCCUCUACUCGUUCCUGGCUCUAGAGCUCCUCCAUUCGAUAAAGUUACGGACAGAUUUGCAAAAGAGCCAAUUGUAACCAAUAUUACCUUCGAUGAAAUACCUAGAAAUGGAAAGCAAGUGAUAGAAGAAACAUCUCUUAUAUACGGAGUGUUCUACAACUUCUAUAUGUUGUGGCACAUGAUUUAUGACUUUUUCAUACCAUAUUAUUCAUUUAUCAAUGUCAGACAUCAAUUUGCAACAAGAGAUACCCGCAGACUUUUCGUCAGAUCCGACGGAUUUUGGAGAUUUCAAGCUUUGGCAAAUUGGAUCUCAAGAUAUGAGCCAAUCGUUCUGGAAAAUAGGUACAAGCCAUACUUCUUCAAAUACGCAAUUAUUGGGUGUGAGAAACCUGAAGCAAAUCCAGAUCCUUACAGAAAUAAUGAAAUUAAUUCAAUUUUGUUCAAAUACAAUUUAAACAGUUCCACAGCUCCUGGCUUCAGAGAAGAUGUAAUAAAAUAUAACAAUAUCCACAUAGAAAACUCUACAAAACCAAUUGUUUUAUUUAUCAAAAGAGGUGGCGCGAAAAGAGAUGUAAAGAACUUGGAUAAGAUUGUAGAGUUGUCUAAAACAAUUUGCACCUUCUGCGACAUAAGAACUGUCGAAUUACAAAAUUUAGAUAUUCGAGAACAGAUUGAACUAAUUGCUCCUGCACAGGUAUUGAUAGGAUUCCAUGGUUCUGGCCUUGCUCAUGUCAUUUGGAUGGAAGAAUCAAGAAAACAAAGGCAAACUCACUUAAUUGAGAUUAUGCCACACGAAUACAACUGCAGAGACUGGUAUGAAACAGCUGCAAGUGUUGCAAGAGUAAAUUACCAUAUGUUGAUGAAUAAAAAACCAGUAAUGCCAGAAGGAUUAAAUAUCAACGACCAAAAUCACCUCAAAGGUUGCUGGGAAUCAAAAGCAUGCGGUACACAAUAUUGUCAUGACCGUCUUCGUGACCAAUUCGUCGAUCUUGAAGAAGAUUUGUUUAUUAACGAAUUCAAAAACAUUACAAAUACACUCAUGCAAUAA